AUGGGGACGCAGUGUGCCCAGAAGAGCAUCAAUAACCCACUGCCUCGCACCGAGGAAAAGCCUGUCAAACCUCCCAGGUACGUAUCCAUAUUUAGACCAUCUGUGAAACUUGAAGCACAGCAGAACAAAGCUCCGUGUAAAACUAUGGGACCAGCAAAAGUUGCAGUGCCUUCUCCAAAAAAUUUUCUGCAGAAACAUUCAAAGGAACCCAAGCUACCAGCGAGAAAAAAAGAAGAUAGUAAGAAAUUGCCUGCAUUAUCAGUGCCACGGAGGACAGAUCAUCCAGUUAUGGGAAUUAAAAGUAAUAAGAAUUUUAUAACUGCAAAUGCAGUUGCUGCUAUCACUGGAAUGCCUAAGAAGGCUCAACCUAUGUAUGUUGAUAGAAGACAGGGAGAAAAGUAUCUGCUUGAAACUUCAGGACUUGUUCCAAAAUAUAUCUUUAAAAAGGAUUAUGGUGUUACACCAAAAUAUGUAACACGGAGAAAUGAAGAAAUUAAGAGAGCUCAGAAGGAAUAUGAGGCCAAUGUCUCGGAGCAUCUCAAGACAAAAGCCAUGAAACGGCUAUCUGAUGAGGAAAGGAAAAGUCUUGUGCAGGGGCUGAAAAAGAAGUGGGAGGAAGUGUAUCAUGAAUUUCAAGGUCUGCCUGUACAAAUAGACACCAUAUCCAAGAAGUUACGUAAAGAAAAGCUGGAAUUACAGUUGAAACAACUGGAGCAUGACAUAGAAGAACUUGAGAAGCACAAAGUUAUCUACAUUACAAAUGAGUAAGGACUGUUUUUCAGAUACAACCCC